CGCUCCGAAAGAAACCCCCGUUUAUUCACAUCGCAGCUGUAGCUUAAAGGCAAUCGAAUUCAUUUCAUCACACAAAGCCUCCAGAAAAAUGAAUACAAAACAAAUCACGCAUGUGUAUGUGUAAUCUUCCUUAUAUAUGCACAAGAACAAGACCUAGGGUUAGGGUUUUGAAUCGAUUUUUGCCAUGGCCGACGGCGAAGUGACUGUAUCCAAUGUAGAUAAACCCUUGCUCGAGGAGGUAAACGGUGGGGAUGACCUCACUGAAACAGAGCAAUGCGUGUCCCUUCCGGAAUCGAAGGUUCUCAACGAAGCCAGUACCGAGUCACCGGGAAUUCAAGAUGCAUCGACUGCGGAGACCAAGAUGAAGACGGAGGCAGAAGGUGGAGAGGACGCCGUUGUCGAUACGAUUGAUUCGCGCAACGAGGCGGGAGCUGGAGAGGAGACUGUUGUUCAUACGAUUGAUUCUCGUAACGAGGCGGGAGCUAGAGAGGAGACUGUUGUUGAUACGAUUGAUUCGCGUAACGAGGCGGGAGGUGGAGAGGAGAAUGUUGUUGGUAUGAGUGAUUCGCUCAAAGAGCCGGGAGUUGUAGAAGAGACUGUUGAUACGAGUGAUUCGCGUAAAGAGGCAGGGGCUGGAGAGGAGACUGUUGUUGAUACGAGUGAUUCCCGUAAAGAGGCAGGAGGUGGAGAAAAGACCGUUCUUGAUACAAAUGAUUCGCGUAAAGAGGCAGGGGUGGAUGGAGAGGAGACUGUUGCUUGUACGAGUGAUUCUCAUAACGAGGCGGGAGGUGGGGAGGAGACUGUUGUUGAUAUGAACAAUUCGCAUGUUGCUGAAGUGGCUCCGGUUUUGAUCUCAGACGCCGAGAUGGAAGCUAAGGCUAAUGAGCAGACUGAAAUGGCGGCUGUGAGGGAGUUGGAGCUAGAUGGGGGAGAUGAGACCGUUGUUGAUAUGGGACAAUCGCAUACAGAAUUGGUCCCAAAGGCUGCUCCGGUUUUGGAGUUGGUCCAAUUCGACAUAAAACCUGGGUUGGAUAUUGAGUUUGAAGCACCAAUUGCUGUUGCUGUUACAGAACGUUCUCAGCUGGAUGAUCAUCAUUCAGAAGCAGUAGAUGCAAUGGAGGCAGAGAUUCCAACUGGAGAAGCUAACAGAGAGUUGGAAAUAGAUGGAGAGAACACAACAAAGAUAGAGGAAGAUGCUGCUGCUUCAAUUCCAACUUCAGAAGCUAAUAGAGAAAUGGAAACAGAUGGACAAGAUACAAUGAAGGCUGAAGAUAAUGAUACUGAUUCAAUUCCACCUACAGAAGCUAAUAGAGAAAUGGAAACAGAUAAAAUGGACAUAACAAAGGCUGAAGAUGGUGAAGCUUCUUCAGUUCCAACUGGGGAAGCUAAUAGAAAACUGGAAACAGAUAAAAAGGACAUAACAAAGGCUGAAGAUGGUGAAUCUGUUUCAAUUCCAUCUGGGGAAUCUAAUAGAGAAUUGGAAUCAGAUGGAGAUGAGGUAAUGAAGACUGAAGAUGAUGAAGCUGCUUCAGUUCCAACUGGGGAAGCUAAUAGAGAAUUGGAAACAGAUGGAGAUGAUGUAAUGAAGGCUGAAGAUGUUGAAGCUGCUUCAAUUUCAACUGAGGAAGCUAAUGGGGAAUUGGUAGCAGAUGAAGAGGAUAUAAUGAAGGCAGAAGAUGGUGAAACUGCUUCAAUGUUAGAGGACUCACAAGAAGAUCCUCAGUAUGGGGAAAAUGAGGUAAUGACUGCUGAGGAGACUGCUGCUGCAGAUACUGAAGUUGAGACUGAAACUGAUGCAGCAGAUUCGGGUAGAGGUGCUGGGGGAAAGCGGAAAAGAGGGAAGAAUUCUAAGAGCCCUGCUUCUUCUAAGGCUGCUACAAGAACUCCGUCAAGGAAAGUGACAGAAGAGGAUGUUUGCUUCAUUUGCUUUGAUGGUGGGGAUCUUGUGCUUUGUGACCGUCGUGGUUGCCCAAAAGCAUAUCAUCCUUCUUGUGUUAAUCGUGAUGAAGCAUUUUUUCGGGCAAAGGGCAGAUGGAAUUGUGGAUGGCAUCUAUGUAGCAUUUGUGAGAAGAAUGCAAAUUACAUGUGUUAUACCUGCACCUAUUCACUAUGCAAGGGGUGCAUAAAAAGUGCUGUUAUUUUAUGCAUUAGAGGAAACAAAGGCUUUUGUGAAAACUGUAUGAGAACUGUCAAGCUUAUUGAAAGCAAGCAGCAGGGAGACAAAGAUGCACAAAUAGAUUUUGAUGACAAAAGUAGUUGGGAGUAUCUCUUCAAGGACUACUACAUGGAUUUGAAAGAGAGGCUGUCUUUGUCUUCAGCUGAAAUAGCGGAGGCCAAAAGUCCAUGGAAGGGAUCUGAUGUGUCUGGAAAUAGACAACAGCAAUCUGAACCACAGUUUGAUAAUAAUGAAGAGGGAGGUUCUGGUUCUGACAAUUCUGGUGAGAAGGUUGAAGUCAAUAAAUUAAAAAGAAGAAAGGUUACAAAAAAAUCAAAGUCCCUUUUAAAAGAAGAUGGUAUGGCCAGUAUGUCUGUAAUAGCUGGAAGUGAAGGUGCAUCUACACCUAGCAACACUGAAUGGGCAUCAAAAGAGCUGCUUGACUUUGUUAAGCACAUGAAAAAUGGUGACACAUCUGUUCUUUCUCAAUUUGAUGUGCAGGAUUUGUUGCUGAAAUAUAUCCAAAUGAACAAACUUCGUAUUCCAAAUAAAAAGAGUCAAAUCAUGUGUGAUUCAAGACUUCAAAGCCUCUUUGGAAAACCACGUGUUGGGCAUUUUGAAAUGUUAAAAUUACUUGAGUCUCACUUUCUUAUAAAGGAGGAUACUCAUAUUGAUGAUGCCCAGGGUACUGUAGUUGAUACUGAGGUUGAGGGUGAUGAGAACCGGGACACACUUAUGAAGGAAGUCAAAGAUAAGAAACGCAAGCGUAAAAAAGGCCACAGUCGGGGCCCACAAUCUAAUCUUGAUGAUUAUGCAGCUAUUGAUAUGCACAACAUUGGCUUAAUCUACCUUCGACGGAAGUUAAUGGAGGACUUGCUAGAAGAUGUGGAGAAGUUUCAGGACAAAGUUGUUGGUACCUUUGUGAGAAUAAGAAUCUCUGGUAAUAACCAAAAGCAAGAUCUGUACAGACUGGUUCAAGUCAUGGGUAUGAGCAAAGCUUCUGAGCCAUAUAAAGUUGGCAAAAGAACAACUGAUAUCCUCCUUGAGAUCUUGAAUUUGAACAAGACUGAGGUCAUAUCAAUUGAUACAAUCUCAAAUCAAGACUUCACUGAGGAUGAAUGCAAGCGUUUACGACAAAGUAUCAAAUGUGGACUUAUUAAUAGGCCAACUGUGGGUGUCAUUCUUGACAAGGCCAUGGAAAUACAUGAAGCAAGGGUCAAUGAUUGGUUGGAAUCAGAGGUCCUGCGGCUUAGUCAUCUUCGUGAUCGAGCAAGUGAAAAAGGGCGUCGGAAGGAACUUAGAGAAUGUGUGGAGAAAUUAGAGCUAUUGAAAACACCUGAGGAGCGUCAGCGAAGACUUGAUGAAAUUCCGGAAAUACAUGCAGAUCCAAACAUGGAUCCGAGUUAUGAGUCUGAAGAUGAUGACAGUGUUACUGAUGAAAAUAGACGAGAUACUUAUAUGAGGUCCAGAGAUUCAAGCUUUAGCAGGAGAGGAAGAGAGCCAAUUUCUCCUCGAAGCAACUAUUCUUCCAAAGAUCCAUGGGGUAGUGGAGGUAAAACGCCAACUAGAAGUUGGGAAUUGGAUAGGAAUUUGUCCAGUAAAAAUACAUUGGUCAAGGCUGAGGAUAGUACACAUAAUAGUGAGAUGGUUAAUGAAAAUUCAUGGGGUCUAGGGAGAGAUAGAGACCAAGAGUCUAGAAGUCUGGAGAAGGUGAAUUCAACUACUAAUUCUGAGACAAUUGGAAGGAAAGGGAACUCCCUUUCAAGACCUGAAAUGGCUUCUGGUGUGGCAUCAAUGACUUCUACAGUUACUCCCACAGCAAAGUCAUCAGAUACUGGCAUCAAAAUUAAUGAAACAGAAAAAAUAUGGCAUUACAAGGAUCCCUCAGGAAAAAUUCAGGGGCCAUUUUCUAUGGUCCAGCUACGUAAAUGGAACAACACAGGAUACUUCCCUGCCAAUCUGAGAAUAUGGAGAUCUACAGAAAAGCAAGAUGACUCUAUUCUUCUGACUGAUGCAUUGGCUGGAAGAUUUCUGAAAGAGUCAUCAGUGACUGAGCAUAGAAAUUUGGCAGGUGGUGUUCUGCAAAAUAGAGAGGCAGAGAGACUAAAUCUUGAUCAGAAUCGUGCAUCUCAGAAUUCACCUAGUGGUUUGGUUUCGUCUAGAGGUGGAAUGAUUUCUGGUGAGAUGUCUGGAGUUCCUAAAGAAAAGUGGGAUGGUAACGAUUCAUCGAACCUUCCUUCUCCUACUCCAAAACAAGGUAAUUCAGGCUGGACUGGAGAUGCUGUUCCUGUAACGGCUGCAACUUCAUAUCCUGUUGAUAAUGGAAUCUCUGAACCAUCUCGUUUAGUGUUACCAGCUAACGUGUCUUCUCUCUUGGCUUCAGCUGUGAAUGCCAGUGGACAUUCAUUAAUGAGAUCUGAAAAUGUUUCUUCAAAUUCUGGUGCUGGUUUUAGUCCAAUGACAAAUACUGCAAAUCCUCAGAGUUCACAAUUGACUGCAGUUAGUGAACCACCUCAAAUGAUAGUCCAUAGCCAACAUGCUACAGCUACACAAGAUGCAAAUGUCCACCCAGUUCAGUCUAUAAAUAAUAUUCAGAACCCAAACCUCGAUCCUCAUGCUUUGGGUGUUGGUCAAACUCUGAAGGCAGAACCAAACAUUUCUGUCCCUACUCCAGCGCAGCCCCAGGGGUAUGGCAAUUGGGGUGGCAUUACCUCUGCUGUUCAAAAUCUUGCUGCAAGUUUCUCAAAUACAGGUGCCUUACCCUUGCCUCAAUCUGAGUUUUGGAGGCCUCAGAGUCAGGCUAACCAACCCAACAUUCAACUUCCAAGUGUGCCUAGCUUUCCGUGGGGCGCAGGGAUUCCACAGAAUAGUCCUGCCCCUGCCAAUUUAAAUGCUGUCUGGGGAACAAUGCAGCAGGGAAAUCCAAACAUGGGGUGGAGUGGACCAGCACCCGGAACUAUGAAUAUGAAUUGGGGAGCUCCAGUUCAAACAAUGGCUCCACCUAAUCCAGGAUGGGUUAUGCCCCCCGGACCAAUGCCUGGAAACAUGAAUCCAGGGUGGGUUGCACCAACAGCGGGUAAUCCAGGCGUUCAAGGUAUGGCUCCUGGUAAUCCAAAUCCAGGUUGGGUUGCCCCAACGGUUUCAGGUCCAAGAGACAACGGUUCCCAGGGUGGAGAUACUGGCUUCAAUGAUGGAAGGCCUUGGAAUAGACAGUCAUCAUUUGGCAGUGGAGGCCAUGGAGGUGGUCCUAGAGGUAAUUUUUUGAGAAGUCAAAAGCCUUGCCCCUACAAUACGAAUGGUCGGUGUAGGAAAGGGGCCCGCUGUGAUUAUCUUCAUAUCUAAUAAGGAGUUUAAUAGAGUUUCAGGCCAAUAGAUGAUUCUGUACAGUAAUAUUAUUUAGCUUUUCUUUACUAUAGGCCAUUUUGAGGUUUCAAUUUGUAAAACCUGAGCAGAUUAGGGGCACACUCUUUUGACGCCUAUUUAUUUCCUGCAAAACAUUUGUUGCCGACAUUAUGUUGUUUUGAUCAAUAAGCUUCCAAAGCAUACUGGAUGUCCACCUAUCCAGUGCCUGACGCUGCAAAAUGCAGGUUCUGAAGGAACGCCAACGAGCUUCUGGUUAAAGGGCCUUUU